CAGGCAGCGUCGACGGAAGUUGUUAGAAUUGCAUAAAUACCGUUCUGUGCUGUGGGUGUGGGUGUGUACACCCAGUAUUGUGAGGCGGGAAACAAAAGGCAAACCUUUGCCAUUUUGCCCUUUCACAGCAGACAAUUGUGUGAUUAAAUAACCGCCAGUGCCAAGUGCACAUCACAACAAAAACAGCAGCAAAUAUAAUUGUACGCAUGGUUGACGUUGCCACGCCCCGCCAGCGUUGAUUUGUCUUGUCAGAGGCUUUUAAAAUGUUUUCACUUUUCCGAUACGCACUGCGGCACUCACGAAAUUUCGCACUAUAUGAAGGUACCCGUGCCAGUGGCAAUGGCAUUAUUGGCCGGUCUAAUUUAAAGCAAUUAAAAACAAAUGGAACUGCACUCUCAACUGUGCGGCAUUUUGGGGAUUCAUUUAAACCGACGACAAACUCAAAGCAAGCCAACAUGGAGAAUAAAACUGAAAAAGUUACUGUAAACAAAGAGGAGCUGCGCAAGCGUCUAACCCCCCUACAAUAUCAGGUUACACAAGAGGCUGGCACUGAACGCCCCUACACAGGUUGUUACAACAAGCAUUAUGAGAAGGGGAUUUAUCAGUGCAUCGUUUGCCAUCAGGAUUUAUUCAGCUCGGAUACCAAAUAUGAUUCCGGUUGUGGUUGGCCCGCCUUCAACGAUGUGCUCGAUAAGGGGAAAGUAACUCUGCAUCAAGAUUGCAGCAUACCAGGGGGUAAUAUUUUACUACUAAUUAAACAUCCAGAACGUAUACGCACCGAGGUUCGCUGUUCAAAAUGCUCAGCCCACAUGGGUCAUGUCUUCGAGGAUGGUCCCAAACCGACCCGUAAACGUUAUUGCAUCAACUCGGCGUCCAUUGAGUUUGUCAGCGCGGAUCAAACAGGAACAACAACAACAACGAAGACGACGGCCACGCCCCUCAGCCCCCAGGGCACCCCAAUUGCACAGCAAUAGUGAGAGAAAGAGUGGCUGGAUACGAACAAAAAUUUAAACAAUCAACGAAAGAAUGUUAAUUUCCUGCUAAAGAGUCUAAACUAAUUGUUGCUGUUAAGGUGUUUUGUACGUACAAUUAAUAAUUCUAAUGUUUUUCUGCAAAAUGUGGCCAAUCUAACAUAUAGAGAUGAUGGGGUGCCGUUAAUGUAUAACGGCAGUUUCCAACAAAUUUUGUACAUGUGUGUAUGUUGUAGAACUUGUGUAUGUAUUUUUAAAGCCCCCUCCCCCCAAUCAGAAUUCACUCUGUAAGUGUAACUUUUAACUUUUACUAUAAAUACCUAUCUGAGAAAUGUAUGCGCUAAAAUACGAAAUAAACAUGUACAUACAAGAUAACAACAACAAAA